AUGAUUGGAAUUAAGCUUUCAAGACUGAGGUUAUUUUCUAAUUCCCUAUAUUCCUCUUCAAAAUCGUCAUCGGCUUUAUACAAUUCAUUAAUGAAGCCUACAGGAAUUGCUUAUAAAAACUAUGUCAGACCAUCUUAUGGUUCUGUGAAUGGUUUCUAUAACAAAACAAAACUUCGUUGUGCUGCAAAGUUUAUGAAUAUUUGUAGUAAAGUUGCGGUCUGUUAUCACAAAUCCAAUCCCAUGUCUGCUUUAUUCUCGACUUCAUCAAAUUUGCCUUUCCGGAGUGUGUUUCCUUUUGUUUUGAUAAGCCCAGUGUUGAUACAUCAAUCGCAGUCAUUGUCUUUCAGUAGCAAGGUAGAUAAGGUUUCAGCUGCUUCUGGUGGAGCGGAAGUAGAUGUUAGUAAAAGUGAUGGUAUUGGUAGUGGUUGGGGUGAUAAAGUCAAAGAUGCUUGGCAUAGUGCUGCGGAUACAAUAGGUUAUACCGGGCAGAAGGCUAAAGAAGUCUCCAAUGAAUUGAAGCCUCAUGUUAAUCAGUUGCUUGAUACUCAUCCGUAUCUUAAGGAUGUGGUUCUUCCUGUUGGGCUUUUGAGAAGAUUUCAUGAGUAUGCGAUACAAACUUCAAUCCUGCCAUCUGGAAGAAUGCUUGGGGAUCAAGUGCCAUAUGAUAAAAGCUUGUGGGGAGCUUUGGAGGAUCCAGUGAGAUAUGUAAUUACCUUCAUGGCAAUCUCUCAAAUGUCAGUGGUUCUGGAUUUCUAUGUUCAACUCUUUGCAUGGAGGGGUGCAGCUGUCCUUUCAUUUGUCUGGUUUUUGCAUCGUUGGAAAACUAACGUACUUGGUUGUGCACUGGCUGCUAAGACUUUAGCAGCGCUUGAUAGGGAGAAGUUGUUAACUAUAGACAGGUUUUCAUCCGUCGGUCUAUUUGUUAUUGGGAUUAUGGCUUUAGCAGAGGCAUCUGGCGUAGCUGUGCAAUCUAUUCUGACAGUUGGUGGCGUAGGAGGAAAUGCUAAUUUUAUGUGCUUUAUUGCCAAAAUAGAAAGGCGCCAAAUUGCUGUUUCUUGA